GAUCCCCAGCCGGGCUCUGAUGCGCGCAUGCGCACUGGCUAUCUGAGUCCCAUCCUGCUUCUCCUCCUUUCCCUCUUUUGCUGCUGAAGCGACUUGAGCCAUGAACACCGCGCAGGGCACCGUGGGCAGCGACCUGGUCAUCCUGGCCACCGCCGGCUACGACCACACCGUCCGGUUCUGGCAGGCCCACAGCGGGAUUUGCACCCGGACCGUCCAGCACCAGGACUCCCAGGUCAAUGCUCUAGAGAUCACCCCGGACCGGACCAUGAUUGCCGCCGCCGGCUACCAACACAUUCGAAUGUAUGACCUGAACUCCAAUAACCCGAACCCAGUUAUCAACUACGAUGGCGUCAGCAAGAACAUCACCUCCGUCGGGUUCCAUGAAGACGGACGAUGGAUGUACACGGGGGGAGAAGACUGCAUGGCCCGGAUCUGGGACCUCAGGUCGCGCAACCUUCAGUGCCAGCGCAUCUUCCAAGUGAAUGCGCCCAUCAACUGUGUUUGCCUGCAUCCAAAUCAGGCUGAACUUAUUGUUGGAGAUCAAAGCGGGGCCAUCCACAUCUGGGACCUGAAGACGGACCAUAAUGAGCAGCUCAUCCCCGAACCCGAAGUCUCUGUAAACUCUGUCCACAUUGAUCCGGAUGCCAGCUACAUGGCCGCUGUCAACAGUUCAGGCAACUGUUAUGUGUGGAACCUAACCGGUGGCAUCGGAGACGAAGUGACGCAGCUCAUCCCCAAAACCAAGAUCCCUGCCCACAACCGCUACACUCUCCAGUGCAAAUUCAGUCCGGACUCCACGCUUUUGGCUACUUGUUCUGCUGACCAAACAUGCAAGAUCUGGAGGACAUCCAACUUCUCUCUCAUGACAGAACUGAGCAUCAAGAGCAACAACCCUGGGGAAACCUCUCGCGGCUGGAUGUGGGACUGCGCUUUCUCUGGAGACUCUCAGUACAUUGUCACAGCCUCCUCAGAUAACCUGGCCAGGCUCUGGUGUGUGGAAACGGGUGAGAUCAAAAGGGAGUACAGCGGCCAUCAGAAAGCAGUUGUCUGCCUUGCUUUCAAUGACAGCGUCUUGGGCUGAUGUACAUUCUGUGCAUAUUUGAGGAAUUCUCCAUCUGACUCUCUGCCACCAUCAUUCUGGUCAAAUAGAUGGAUGCUAUCCGAACCUUUAGCCACAAGAGCACAGCUGACCUCCAUAUCUUCUAUGUGGAAUGAGACCCCCAAAGAAAAUCCAGAACUAACAACUGUAAGGUUUAUGGCAUGGCACUCCUUUAAAAGGAAUAAUGCUCCCUCUUAAGUCAUGGUGUUUGUUUCCAUUUGGGAGUCCCUUAGCCAACACUUCCGGUGGUCUGUGUCAUAUAUUUAUAUGUGUUACUUGUUACUUCAGAAGUAAAUUUUGAGUUCACAAUUUAGAGGGAAAGUGUUUUUCCCUAGGAGAUGCCAGUGCAGUUGGGUUUUCCUACUAAGUUAGCUGUGCCUUGGAUCAGUUCGCCAAGAGGCUGGGCCUGCAUAAUGUUCAGGGAGAAGCUGAGGAGACACUGGCCCUAUUCAGGUGUUUGGGAGAAGAAGCUUCACCCCUUCUGUUGUUGCUCUUUUCAUGAGGCUGAGAAGGGGACUUUUCCAUCUAUGUAACCCUACCACACAAUCCAGAACCGGGGGGGCAAAUCCCUCAGGUAUCCAAUUGUACAUAGAGGAUGCAGAGCUCCUCAGAUUAUCACUGCAUCUGGAGAGCGACUACGACUACCAUGCUUCUUUUCUGAACAUGUUUAGGAUUCUCUUAUUUUUAAUGCCAGAAUAGGGUUGCUUCUGCUUUAGCAAUGGCUGAACUUCCUCCAAGCCUGGAGUGAAGGACCGCUGAGAUAUCUGCACGCCUUGCAAACAGAGGAAGGAACUGGUGAUUUCUCACUUUAUAACAGCUGCACAGGUUCAUUUCCUCUUUUUGUGCUUUUUUUAUUUCAUAUGACACACAUCAGGAUUAACUAACUUUGUAUAAAAUGUUUUUUAAAAAAACCCCACAAGAUUUUGUUUUACAUAAUAAUGCACGUAUGACCAAGACUUAAGGGCACUUUUACUACACCCUCAUGCAGCUACUGUUAGACAGGGAUGGUUAUUUACAGGUUACAGGGAGGAGGAAACACUUUGUAAAUAAAAUGUAUAUACCGAUAAUAAUAAUAAAAAAGAUAA